AUGAACAGAAUCCAGGUGGACAGGGAGUUCAUGCCGGGGGUGUGGAUGAGGGUUGCAGGGUGUGGUGGGAGGAGAGGGAUCCAGUUCAUGCCGGGGGUGUGGAUGAGGGUUGCAGGGUGUGCCCCGCCCACUGAGCACCCUGCCCCGCCCACUGAGCACCCUGCCCCGCCCACACAGCACCCUGCCCCGUCCACUGAGCACCCUGCCCCGUCCACUGAGCACCCUGCCCCGUCCACUGAGCACCCUGCCCCGUCCACUGAGCACCCUGCCCCGCCCACCCAGCACCCUGCCCCGCCCACCCAGCACCCUGCCCCACCCAUCCAGCCCCGCCCACUGAGCACCCUGCCCCGCCCACUGAGCACCCUGCCCCGCCCACACAGCACCCUGCCCCCCCCGCCCACCCAGCACCCUGCCCCGCCCACCCAGCACCCUGCCCCGCCCACUGAGCACCCUGCCCCGCCCACUGAGCACCCUGCCCCGUCCACUGAGCACCCUGCCCCGCCCACCCAGCACCCUGCCCCGCCCACCCAGCACCCUGCCCCGCCCACACAGCACCCUGCCCCACCCACAGCAAGUAUCCAGCUACAGUGGGACCCAGGGACCCAGGCCCUGCUCUGGGUGUGUGGAGGCUCUGCUCUGGGUCACCAGAGCAGCCCUGGAGAGACAGGCCAGCUGGACCAGAGCAGGGGAUCUGACGUGGAGCUGCUGGGUUGA